AUCGGAUUCUUUAUGUUCAAGAGUUGUUGGAUGGGAUGACUGAUUUUAAUUAGAACACUGAGUUUCUUGGAGAUUGCUCAUUUUUUCAUCCUUGUUUAUGUUUUACAGUCAAAAUAUUGGUGAGAUUUUGCACUAUGAUGGAUCCAGACGUACUUAGCAAUCUCCCUGAUAAUGUAAUUGAUGAAAUUCUUAUCCGUGUGCCUUUUCGAGAUGCUGUUUGCACAAGCAUUUUGUCGAAGAAAUGGAGAUAUACCUGGUGUGGACUUCCACAUUUGAUGCUUGAUUCUGACUUUUGGAAACCUCAAAAGGAUACAAGUAGCUUUACGACGAGCAUCCACAACAUUAUGACUCGUCAUUCGGGAGCAAUUACAAACUUUACCUUGUGCAUUCAGUACUGGAAAAGUUGCCCUCGUAUUGACAACUUGUUAUCUUUCCUUUCUGGAAAAAACAUUCAGCAUCUUGUUCUUAGACUUCCGAGAUCAUUCGAAUUGCCUUCUUCAUUUUUCACAUGUUUGCAGCCGACGCAUCUGUUUCUCCAAAACUGUUUGUUACUUCCUCCACCAGCCUUCAAAGGAUUUGAUCGGUUAAUAGGUUUAGAGUUACAUGAUGUUACGAUUCCUUCAAAGUCGCUUGAAAGUUUGAUCUCUCAUUGUUUGUUUCUUGAGCAAUUGGUGUUAAAUAUCUCAGAUACUUUGAUGAGUGAUGUCAUUGAAAUUAAUGCUCUUAAGCUGAGAUCAUGUGACUUCACGGGCGAUCUGGCAACUAUCUGCUUAAAUCGUGUCCCUCUUUUGGCUAAACUUUCUCUCAGGCAUUAUCACGAGGACUGGAAAAAAUUUGAUGUCGCAAAUUUUUUAACAUCAAAUUUUUUUGAAUCUUGUUCUUCUCUCGAGCAUCUUCACUUGGAUUACACGGACGUUGCUAGAGGCCAAGAAAUACCGACAGAGCUUCCCUUUCAUCUGAUGUGUGUCAAACGCCUUUGUAUGUGUAUUUAUCUUGGCAGCGAUGAGAUUCUGUGUGCUCUUUGUUUGAUAAGAAGCUUCCCAUUUUUACGAUAUCUGGAAAUUCAGAUGGAGUACAAUAUUCUGCAUGAUAUGCCGGCUCUAGUAAGUCUUGAAAUGGAAGCUUUUCCAGAUGUAAUAUCUAAGCAUCUAAGGGAAGUUAAGCUAAUCGAAGCUAAUGGCAGUUUGCGGGAGACGCAACUUAUCAAGCUUUUGUUAGCCAAGUUACCCGCGCUGGUGAGAAUGUCCAUCAAGCCCCACACAUGUUUGGAACAAUCUGCAAUAUUCAAAAGACUUGCUGAUCUAAGAGAAUUUGAGCGCGCAUCACCUAAAGCAGAAGUUCUCUUUAAACUAGUAUAAGCACCUACAUUAUGUACCAUCAUGUUUGAUCCAAUGUUCAAUCAGAGACCAUGCAUGAUCUUUGGGUAAAAUGUUUUGGGUUCUGAAGUUAAAAGACACAAAUGAAUGUAUUGAUGCAGUAGUUAAACAUGUGUUUUGCCUAAUAGCCAUUUUAGAUGGUUUCUUUAACUUUGUCUUUACUGUUACCAUUACAUGUCAGUGCUUGUAAUGUGACUGACAUCAUAAUUUCUUCUUCCUUUCUCCUCUUCUUUGGUACUAUCUUUUUCCUCUUCAAUAGGGGUAG